AUGGUUGUCCCCGGCCGAUCUGGACCGCCUCCGGGCGUCAUGGGUGAUAUGAAAACCGCCAACAAGAUGCGCCGGAAGAUGAACCAUGUCAAGCGCAAGAGAGCCAAAGAUGCUGCGCGCCGAGAGGAGCGCUACGCUUUCAAGAAAGAAGAAGCCAAGAAUCCCAAGUUGAAGGAAGAACGACUCCGCCGCAACAUUCCUCUGACCCUCGAGCGGAAACGUGUCUGGGACGAAGCCGACAACGACACCGAAGAGACUGGUUUGGGAUUGAGCGUUGACGUUGAGCGCAUCAAGCGCGCCAAGAAAGAAGAAGAAGACGAGCUUAAUCGGCCAUUAGAAGAGGGCGAGGAUGACAGCGAGGCUGCAGAAUCAGACAACGAGUCGGUCGACAGUAUGCUCGAAUCGGACAAAAGCGAAAAUGAAGAUGAGGAUGAGGAAAAUGACGAAGACAAAACUGCCAGCCUCAGCCGGAAGAAGACCUCUCUCCGAACUGCGACAGAGCGUGCCACAAGUCCUACCCAGUCCACACGCAGCACAAACCUUAGCCUUGCUCCUGAAGCACUGGCCGCCAAAUUCCCUACGCUUUUCACCGAGGGUCCCCCACCCACCCCGAAAAUCCUCAUCACCACCGGCCUCAACUCUACCCUCCACGGCCAAGCCGAGACUCUGACCGAAGUGUUCCCGAACAGCGUGUAUAUCCGGCGUAAUGCUCACCGGUACUCGCACAAAUUCUCAAUCCGCGAGAUUUCCAAAUUCGCUGCAAACCGUAAUUUCACGACGGUUGUCGUGUUGAAUGAGGACCAAAAGCGUCCCUCUGGGUUAACGAUAGUUCACUUGCCAGUUGGUCCGACUUUCCACUUCACCAUCAGCAACUGGAUCGAAGGAAAACGCCUCCCAGGACACGGCCGAGCUACCGAGCACUGGCCCGAGCUGAUCCUCAAUAACUUCCGUACUCCUCUCGGUCUUCUAACUGCCCAUUUGUUCCGCACACUCUUCCCGCCUCAGCCGGAGUUCGAGGGCCGACAGGUUGUCACUUUGCACAACCAACGUGAUUACAUUUUCGUCCGUCGUCAUCGCUACGUCUUCCGUGAGAAGCGUGAGACCGAAAAGGCUGUCGUUGGUGCUGACGGCAAGGAAAUGUUGGGUGUUGAAGGUAUCCGCACUGGCCUACAGGAACUAGGACCCCGUUUCACAUUGAAGCUGCGUCGUGUUGAUAAGGGCAUCCAGCGUGCCAGUGGCCAGGAGUGGGAGUGGAAGGGUGGAAUGGAGAAGACGAGAACUCUGUUCCAACUGUAA